GGAAAAAAAAAAAACAAAAAGAGAAAAAAGUUUUUUGGUAGGAGCGAAAAUUUUGGCGCCAUGGCAGCAUUGAGCUUAGCAUUCGGAAUUCUCGGGAAUCUCAUAUCAAUUUGCUUGUUCUUGUCACCAAUACCAACAUUCUGGAGGAUACACAAGGAGAAAUCGACACGAGAUUUCUCGUGGCUUCCAUACGCGGUCACGCUCCUGAAUUGCCUCCUCUGGACGUGGUAUGGUCUCCCCUGGGUGCAAAUAAACAUCCCAGUUAUCACCAUCAACAUCAGUGGAGCGAUCCUCCAGCUCACGUACGUUUUGAUCUACCUCCGCUACACCACUGCCAAGAAGAAGAUGAAGAUCGUAGCGAGCUUGAUCAUCGUACCUCUCUUUGUAGCCGUGAUUUUGCUCGUCACCGUCUUUGCGAUGACGCAGAAAACCCAGAGGAAGCUGUUUGUGGGAAUCCUGUGCGUGAUCUUCACAACGGGGAUGAACGUCGCUCCACUCUCUGUCAUGCGAAUGGUAAUCAGAACGAGAAGCGUGGAAUUCAUGCCUUUCUACCUCUCUCUGUUCGUCUUCAUCAAUGGAUGCGCGUGGCUCGUCUACGGCCUCCUCACUUCCGACGUCUUCGUCCUUAUUCCCAAUGCUCUCGGCGCUUUUCUGGGCGCAAUGCAGCUGAUCUUGUACGCAAUCUACAGCCGUGCCACACCCAAAGUCGACGAGGCGGAGCGCCAAACCGGCGAGAAAGACCUCGAGAUGCAAAAGUCAGGCAGCGUAAACGGAGUAUAGGACGGGGCGAGAGCGUGGUACCAGAAGGGAAACCAAUUUUCUCUUGGCCUUCAUCUGUACAGCGUAAACUACCAGAUUUUGAGAGGAUCGCCUCAAAGUUCGAUCGAAGCGAUACUUUCUUUCUAAUUGUGAUAGAAGUCCCUGCAAAUUUGCAA